AUGCUGCUCAAUAAGUACUUCGCUCUCCUGGCGCCACAAGUCACGAAACUGCAGCGUCCAGAGUUCGUCCGGUCGAGCGAUGGUCAUGGGCCCCAGGAUUGUGUGAUAUCAGGGGUGCCAUCGGCAUGGAGGCAGGUCCAAAGAACCGUGACCUCAGGCCUGCAUCUGGACGGGCAUUGCGCCCUGAUUCGUUACCUCAUCCGGAUCUGCGACGUCCAGAUCGAAGGCAUGGUCCAAGCCUUGAUGCCAGAUCUGAGCCCGGAGGAGCAUUACGCGAUGCUCUGGUCACUAUUCGAGCGAUUUGUCCAGGAAGACGACCACGAUGGCCACCCUGCAGCCAAGCUCGACAGACAGGCGUUGGAUGUACUUGUAGGCACUACGUGUAUGACCCCCCGGAUGUCAAGGCAACCACUGCACUGGAAUCGGGAAGUUGAUGACCCGGACUUUUUGGCCUGUGCGUUUGACUCGUCUACGGAGCUGGGUUUAUUCGGAGCCAUGCCUCAUCUGGAGCACAUCAACUUCUGGACUUGA